UUUAAGAAGUGUGUCAAAGUAUUUGUGGGCGGCGAAAAAAAACUUGCUGGUCACAGCUCCAAAAAUAUCCCGGCCUACAAAUACCCUCCUCCUCCUAACCCACCAACGACUCAAUCAUCAACAAAAUUCCGAUCGAUCAUCAUCUCCCCUGCGAUCCAUAUAUUUAAUCUAAUUGAUUGAUUUUGCAGAUCCAAAUAAAUUUGGGGGUGAGCACAUAUAUAUAUCCCGCCCCGGCCUAGAUAUAUAAAUUAAUGGCGGCUCAACAUACUUGGGUCCUUCAUGUCUUGGCAUCCCUCCUGCUGCUUGACCAAGCCAACGCUGUUGAAUUCAAGGUCGGAGGGACCGGAGAUUGGAGCCUCAAUUUCAACGAAACCUUUUACAAUCACUGGGCUGAGGGAAGGCGCUUUCAAAUCAAUGACACCAUUGUUUUUAAGUACGAGGCACAUAAGGAUUCCGUGCUUCUGGUAACCAAAAAAGAAGACUAUGAGCAUUGCACCACGUCAGGUGAGGUGCACAAAUAUAGCGACGAAACCGGGCAAACUAAGGUCCAAUUCGACCGCUCUGGCCACUUCUACUUCAUCAGCGGAUCCCACUGCAAUACCACUCAACAGAAAGUCGUCAUCGUCGUCUUGGCCGACCGCCGGAGCCGCUCCAACGCGCCCACUCCGACUCCCUCCUCCUCCUCCGCUCCAGCCACUGCCCCGGCUGCUGAAGCGGCGCCUCCCUCUCCGCCCCCUGCCGCCGUGGACCUCACCCCAGCUCCAGAGCCAGCUGCCCCAGACUCUCCUAGUACCAACGGCGGGGGAUCGCUGAUUCUCACCGGCUGUGCUUCUUCCAUCAUUGCAGCAGCAGCAGCAGCCUUGUCUCUCAUGCUCUUUUAAUUCAACGCCUGAUCGAUCGAUGACAGUAUAUAUAUGGUUGUGAUUCGGUAAU